AUGUGGGGCUUCUUGGCCCUGAGAGUCGCCGAGUUCGCCAACCAGCCAAAGAACAGUGCCAGCAAGGCACUCUUCUGCCGGCUGGGCCCGGGCAGCUACCUCUUUGGGACGCAGCGAGUAUCCCUUCGACUCAGGGGUGGCGAUCUGGAGGCAGAAGCCGGCGGCGACUGGGUGGCCUUGGAGGAGCUGGUGCGGAGAAUGCAACCAUCGCAGUCUGUGCACCUGCUGCAUGCGUCCAGCAGCUUGCCGACGCUGAAUUCCUAG